AUGGAUAAUCUUGGUGGAGAAGAUCCAGAUUCCAUGGCAUUCGACAUGAAUAUGGGGGACAAUCAACCCCCACAGAUAUUCGGCGCAUACAACCCAGAUGGUUCACCCAUAACACCAACUCUUCCGGCGGGCCCGAUGUUUUCUGAAGAUCAUUUGUCGGGCAAUAUAGAUGAGAGCAACGAUGCUAAGCGGCGGAGAAUUGCAAGAGCAUGCGAUAUGUGCCGAAAAAAGAAGAUCAAGUGCGACGGGAAGAUCCCAAAAUGCUCCCACUGCAUCAACUACAAAACAGUGUGUAUAUUCACCCAGGUGGAAAAGAAGCGGAAUCCGCCCAAAGGAGCCAAGUAUAUAGAAGGACUGGAAAAUAGACUGGGCCGCAUGGAAUCUUUACUACGCCUUUCCGGACUGCUGACGGAAGCAGACGCUGGCAAAACUGACCUAAGCGCCCUUGAGAAACGACUCGUGGAUAAGUCCAGUCGGUCUGGUGGCGGCUUAUCAUCCAAACCAUCAACCUCAUCAUUUGGUUUAAGUAAUCAACAAAGUCAGCCAUCACCCUCGACUUCCUCUACGCCACAUGUAGAUUCUCAAACCAGCCCCCGGAGCUCUGGUACCUCGCCGGAGUCUCAAAAGGAGACAGAGGCUGAGCUAGAUUCCCUUUCUGAUAUGAUGUGCUCCUUGGUGACAAACAACUGUGGAGAGACUCGAUACAUCGGAUCGUCCUCUGGAUUUUCGAUAUUUUCUCCAAAAGGUAUCCAAUGGGUCAACGAAAAAACGGGAGAUUCCUCGUUCCAAGAUAUGAUAUCAUCUGCAUAUGUAGAUGAUAAUAAAUGGAUAUAUUGGAAACCAGAGGUGUUUAGUGACAUAUUUGCUCGUCGUGUUUUCAAACCAUUACCUCCGCGAAAAGAGGCUUUAUCCCUCUUCAAAGAUUACUUCGAGAACUUUAAUUGCGUCUUCCCUCUCUUUCAUGAACCUACCUUCAUGCAUUUGGUUGAACGUCAAUAUUCCCGCGAUCCGUACGAGGGCUCAGGGUGGUGGGCGAGCAUCAAUGUUACACUAGCCAUAGCCCACCGGUUACGAGUUGUGAGUAAUCUGGUGCCGCAGGAGGAAGAUAAAAAGGCUUGGCUCUAUCUGAAGAAUGCAAUGGGCGUCUUGACGGAGCUGACAAUGAGAAACACUGAUCUCCUGAGCGUACAAGCACUUCUUGGAAUGUCACUAUUCCUACAAGGAACCCCUAACCCACAGCCAACAUUUUUCCUCGUUGCUGCGGCCAUCCGCCUCUCCCACAGCAUUGGUCUUCAUAAACGCGGUUCCGGAUUCGGGUUGAACCCGGUGGAACUUGAACAGCGGAAACGAGUCUUCUGGAUCGCGUACAUACUGGACAAAGAUAUAUGCCUUCGAUCCGGGCGACCCCCCGUGCAAGAUGACGACGAUAUGAACGUCGAGCUUCCUAGCGAGGAUCCUCCAGAUAACAUUGGAAAUGUGCCCCUCUCUGACGGGAAAGGGAAAUUAAAUCUUUUCCGGCUGAUGUGCAUAUUUGCAACAAUUGAAAGUAAAGUAUACAAACAGUUGUAUUCUACUAAAGCGGCACGACAAUCGGACGGAGAGCUUCUCAAUACAAUUGGGGAACUGGAUCGAGAACUUGAAGAAUGGAAAGACAGUAUCCCAAUAGAUUUCCGGCCCGAACACGAGAUCAAAGCUACACAUCGCCCGUUAAUCCUCCAUAUUGUGGUGCUACACUUUGCCUACUAUAACUGUUUGACCACGAUCCACCGAAUGUCUGUUCACCAUGGCUACUGGACUAGCCGUUUAUCAAACUAUGCGAUCCAAGGCUUAAACGCGAGACCACUGAACCCUCGCGUAUUUUCGUCUGCUAUUCUUUGUGUUUCUGCUGCUCGUGCAUCGAUACAUUUGAUCAAGUAUAUACCCCAAGGUGACUUUGCUUGUGUUUGGUUAAUUCUGUAUUUCCCAAUUUCCGCACUGGUCACGCUGUUUGCCAACAUACUACAGAACCCUCAAGAUGCCCGUGCACGGUCUGACGUCAAGCUAAUGGGCCUUGUCGUAAAUUUCCUCUCCAUGCUUGUUGCAGACGAGUCAAAUGGGAGUGUUAGGCGCAUGCUUGGCGUCUGUUCUGAAUUUGAAAGAAUUGCAAAAGUUGUGCUGGAGAAGGCUGAAAAGGAAUCACAGUCAAAACGCAAACGUAGAGCUGGAGGCGAUGAGACCGACAACAAUGACAUACCAGUGCAACCAACGGGCAAUUGUUACCAGACCAAAUCGAUGCCAGAUUCCAACAUGCCAAAUCCUACACCCAGAUCAUCUCCACCGUCCCGAAGCUUUCAAGGAAAUAUGGACACCACCAACAAUAACAACAACAACAACAACAACCAUAACAGCAGCAACAACAACAGUAACAACAGCAACAACAACAACAGCAACAACAACAGCAGCAGCAGCAACAACCAUUCGACGAGGAGUAAUAAUUCUGAGUAUUUCUUCCCUCAACCUGCGAGCACGGGACAAGAAUCACCACCGCCAACAACAACAACAACAACCAUGGGAACAACGACUGAAACAUCAGCAACGACUGGAGCUAAGUUCGAAAAUGGCUACGAGCAGGAUUUUCCCGAUAUGUUACCACCCAGUCAGCCAAAUCACGCGUUCACUGGCAGCCCGGCUUUCCCGAACGUCCCCCAAAUGCCCAUUGAUUUCUCCGCAUUUCAGCAACCGUUUGUGCCGCAGGAGCUCUGGCAGAUGCCAAUGACAUUAGAAUGGGAUUGGGCAGAUAUGUCUGGUGGCUUUCCUUUUGCAAACGGAGGCGAUCACAAUGGGUAA